UGUUUAAACUUGGUCGUGAGAGGGUAGCAAAGGCUCAAGCCCACGUUCGCCACCCGAAAGCAAAAAGUGAUCGCGUCGCCUCGUUUUGAAAAUCAAAUUCAACAGAAUUUUUGUUGUGCUGUGGCGAGAAGAGAAAAGUUUAAACUGUGUGUGUGUUUUGUUUGGUUCUUAUUAUUGUUUGAGCUUUUAUUGAGGACACACUGGCUAACAAUAAUAAUAAUAACAAUCACAAUAUCAAUCUGAGAAUACUGCAGCACAUUUUAAUGGCGCCCGCCGCAGUCGCUGCCCCGGGCUCUUCGCCCACAACAACAAAUUCGCUGCAGGAUAUGAGCGCAGCAGCCGCGGCCAUCGUGCUCGAUAUGAAGCCCAAGGGGGAGUUGGGCGGCGGCGCUGCAGUGCCCAUACAAAAGAGCAAAAAAUUGGUGCGACGCAACGCCUCCGAUAAACUAAAACUUAUUCAAAUGGUUCAUGAUAAUCCCAUUUUGUGGGAUUCACGUCUGCCCAACUUUAAGGGCGCCGAGGAGGAAAAGAAUCGCGCCUGGGAGCACAUUGGCAGGGAGUUCAAUGCGCCCGGACGUCGCGUAGCUCGAGCCUUUAAAUCGCUGCGCGAAUCUUAUCGCCGCGAAUUGGCCCAUGUCAAGCUGAUGGGCAAUGGAUUUAAGCCCAAGUGGAGUCUAUACGAGGCGAUGGAUUUUCUGCGCGAUGUCAUCAGAGAAAGAAAGGGCGCCUCGCACAGCAGCGAACUGAAUCUCAAGCGUUACAACAACAAUAACAACAAUAACAAUAACAACAACAAUAGCAGUCAUGGACUGCUGGCAGCUAACAAAGCCGCCGCUGUAGCUGCGCUUAAGCUGAGCUCAUCCUUCAACGAUGCCAGUAGCGCCGUCUUGAAUCUUUCGAAAUGCUCGGCGCUGAACAUGAGCAACGAUGAAUAUUGCUGCGAUGAUUAUGUGAAAGCAGAGCUGGAUCUCUCUACAAGCGGCGCUGGGGGUGUGGGCGUGGCAGGCAGCAGCAGCAGCGGCAGCAGCAGCAGCACAAGCGGCAUGCAGCCGCUGCCGGCGCAUCAGCAAACGCAGCAGGCGCAGCACAACGACAGCCGCGUGAGCUCAACGCGCAAUGACAGCGGCGCAGGCGGCGGCGGCGGCCAUGGACAUCAUCAGAGCUAUGACGACAUGGACGCCAGUUCCAUGCGCAGCGGCGACGAGGAGGGCAACGCCUCGGAUGAGGUCGAGGAGCUGGAGGCCAUCGAUGCAGACUUUCCCUAUCCCAUUAUACUCGACUCGCCGCGCAGUUUGAAUGCCAAUGGAGGCGAACGCAAGCGACGCCGCGAUGAGCAUGAGCUGGACGCGGAUGACAUGGAGGCGGAUGACUAUGAGGAUCAAAUGUUGCAGCAACAUCGCCACUUGCGGCAGCAACAGAAUGCGGCGGCAGUUGGCGCUGUUGGCAGCCUGGAGCUGCCGGCGCCGCCGCAAUCGGUGCGCGAAGUGCUCAACUCGAAGUUCUGCGGCUUCAUAUCGGCCAAAUUGAAUAGUCUGGAGGACUCCGAGGCAGACAAUCUAAUGAAUCGCAUACUCUUGCUGCUGGUGCAAAUGCAGCAAUGCGAAACGAUCAAAUAAACGUCGUGGGGGAUUAGCAAUUAGUUCUUAAGUUUACAUUAGCCAAGCAAAGCUCAAGCCACUCAAAAAUCGCCAACAACAAAAUUUGUGCCAUGCCAAAAAAAAGACAAAAAAUCGUGUAACCAAAUGCCAUAAAUACAGCUAUGUCCAAAAAAAAAACAACAA